CUUUGAAAUAUCCUCAACAUAAAUCGUCGAUCUAUGCACUAUUUAAAUCUCCUUAUUUAAAACCAAAGGCUCAGAAUCAACAAAUAUGUCAAAUUAGCACCACCGCUUCAACUCAACAGCAAUUUCGUUCGAAUCAUACUCCUUUUGCGCAACAGCAAGUUUAUCGCCCAGCAACAG